AACAAAUCAGUCGCUCUCAGUAGCACGGACGAUGACAAACGAGAUCGUCUUCUACGACAUCCUUGCCCAGAAGUCGACGGCGAAGGAGCGCGCUUGGAGCCCGAAUACGUUCAAAGUCAGAUACGCGCUUGCGUUCAAGGGUCUUCCCUUCAAGACCGUAUGGGUCGAGUUCCCCGACAUCGCAGGUGCCUGCAAGAAGAUCGGCGCACCACCGACAGAAACCAACCCUGACGGUUCGCCAUACUACACCCUACCCGUCAUCCAGGAUCCUUCGACGGGCAAAGUCGUCUCAGAUUCGUGGGCUAUCGUCGAGUACCUUGACAACACCUAUCCCGAUCGCCCUGCGUUAUUGCCCAAGGGAACACUCGGCCUGCAGUGGGCGUUUACCUACACAUCGAUGCAGGUGGCCAUCGACGAGAUGCUUGCGAACAUGAUGUUUGAUGUGUACAAACUGCUCCCCCCGCGCAGCCAAGACUACUUCCGCGUCACCCGCGAGAAGUUUUUCGGUUGUAAGCUGGAGGAAAUCUCAACGGGCCAGAAGUACAUCGACCAGUGGGGAAAGACGGAGGCCGGUUUCACAAAGAUCAAGGACGUGAUCAAGAAGAACGGCGAGGGCGCGCAGUUCGUCAUGGGCGAUACCGUCAGCUUUGGGGACCUGUUCCUCGCAUCCUGGCUGCUCUGGAUCAGGCAGACGGCCAGCGGCGAGCAAUGGGAGAAGGUCCGAGGUUGGGAUGCUGGAUUCUGGGGCAAAUUCGUCGAUUCUUUGGUCAAGUAUGAAGUAUACGAUGAGGGUGAAGUUUACAAGGUGUGAAGUGGUUGUCCCGUUAAUGUACUUAUACGAAGAUCC